GGGAAGGGAUGGGGACUGAGGGUGGGAGGAAUAUCACUUGGUCUCUCUCUCCUUGCUUUUAUGUCUUUUUCCUUAAAUCUUCUGUUUUCUUAUCUCCUUGUGUCAUUCUUUUUAGGGGAUGUCAGUCUUUUUAUCUCUGAGCUAUACAGCACUCAGCAAGCCACCAAACAUAAUGAAGACUGAAUCUUUGUACUUCUGAUUUUUUUUCUGUUCUUCCUUCUGCUUUUCUCUUUUUUUUCCCUCUGAGUUGUCCUGUCUAACUAUCUCUUGGACUGUGUCUGUCUCUGACUCUCUCUAUCUCCUCUCCAUUCUCUCAUUUUCUUUCUUUCUUUUUCUUUGUUGCUUUUUUCCUUUUUUCUCCUCUUCUCUCUCUCACUUCUCUCAUCUUUCUCUUUGUCUCUCCUGUUUUCUGUUUCUCCUCCAUCCUUUGCCUGUUCCUGGUCUCUUUUGCUGCCAGUUUACCUCCCUCUAUCUCUAUCCCUAUUUCUGUGUCCCUGAUUUACCUGCCUCUAGCAGCCCUUCUGAUACUCCUCUUUCUCUCCCAUUUCUUCUCUCAUCUCCCUCUUUCUCUUUGCUGUCUCUGCUCUCUUUAGCUCUCUCUGUCCUAUCUUUUCCUACAUCCCUCUCAAGCUCAUCUCUCUAUCUCUGUUUUUCUCUGUAUGUUUGUGUCUCUUUCUCUCUUCUUUUCUCUUUCUGCGUCUCUGUCUCUGCCUUUGUCUCUCUGUGUCUCUCUGUCUCUCUCUCUCUCACUCUCUCUCUUCAUAUCUCUGCUCAUUUUUUAUCUCUCUCUCUUUCUCAGUGGCUCCAUCUCUCUCCCUUUGCCUCCCUGCCCAUCUUCUCUCUAUUUUUCUAUCAUUCCCCCGCCCUAAGUGUCCCUCUCUCUUUCCCUCUCUCUCUGUUUCUCUGUCUCGCCUGCCUCUCUAUCUCUGACUCUCUUUUUCCUUCCUCCUUUCUUUCCUUUUCUCCCUCUUUCCUGGGUGUUUCGGUUUCUCUCCCAAUGUCUCCCCCUUUCCGGCUGGGUCUGCCUCAGAACCUUGCUUCCCCCUCCCUGGCUCUGUGCUCCUGUGUUCUCUGGCUCUCUGAGAGCGGGUGCCUACAGCUCGGGCUUCGGCUGGGAAGGGAAAGGCGAGGGCUGUGAAGGAGGCGAUGUGGCUGGUGACCCUGGGACCUCUGUCUCUCCCCUCUGAGGUGAGAAGGCGCCUUCAGCAUGGACUGGACAGGGACCGCGCUGCUGCUGCUGCUGUUAAGCAUCACCUGCCUGCUGCUGGCCAAGGGAGCGUACAAAAGCAAAGGUCGCUUGCCUCCGGGACCCAGGCCCCUGCCCCUGCUGGGUAACCUGCUGCAGCUCCGCUCGAGAGACAUGCUGGCCUCCCUCACCAAGCUGAGUCAGGAGUACGGUCCCGUAUACACGGUGCAUCUGGGCACUAGACCUGUGGUCGUCCUGAGUGGAUAUGAGGCAGUCAAGGAGGCCUUAGUGGACAAGGCAGAAGAAUUUUCAGGGCGUGGGGAGUAUCCGGUUUUUCAUGACUUCACGAAGGGCAAUGGCAUUGCUUUCUCCAACGGGGAAAAGUGGAAGGUCUUGAGGCGAUUUUCCAUCCAGAUCCUUCGCAAUUUUGGGAUGGGAAAGAAGAGCAUCGAGGAGCGCAUCCUGGAAGAGGAAGCCUUCCUUUUGGAAGAACUGAAAAAAACUGAAGGUGUCCCCUUCGAUCCCACCUUCGUGCUCAGCCGCUCAGUGUCCAACAUCAUCUGCUCGGUCCUCUUCGGCAGCCGCUUUGACUAUGAGGACGAACGUCUGCUCAAGAUCAUCCAGCUCAUCAAUGACAACUUUAAGAUCAUGAGCAGCCCCUGGGGAGAGAUGUACAACAUCUUCCCUGGCCUCCUGCAGUGGAUCCCGGGCCCCCACCACCGCCUCUUUCAGAACUUUGGGUGCAUGAAAGCCCUCAUUGACCAGAGCAUCCACGAGCACCAGGCCAGGCUGGACACCAGCAGCCCCUCGGAUUUUAUCGACUGCUUCCUUAUCAAGAUGGCUGAGGAAGCCAAGAGCCCGGGCAGUCACUUCCACAUGGAGACGCUGGUGAAGACGACGCACAACCUGCUUUUUGGCGGCACCGAGACCGUGGGCACCACGCUGCGCCACGGCUUCCUACUUCUCAUGAAGUACCCGCACAUUCAGGCUCGGGUCCAGGAGGAAAUCGAUCGCGUGGUGGGCCGGGGGCGGCGGCCGACCCUGGAGGACCGCUCGGCCAUGCCCUACACGGACGCGGUCCUCCACGAGGUGCAGCGCUUCGCGGACGUCAUCCCCAUGAACCUGCCGCACCGAGUCACCCGCGACACGGCCUUCCGCGGCUUCCUGCUCCCCCAGGGCACCGAGAUCAUCACCCUCCUCAACACGGUGCACUACGACCCCAGUCAGUUCCAGACCCCCAACGAGUUCAACCCCGCCCACUUCCUGGACUCCAAGAAGGACUUCAAGAAGAGCCCGGCUUUCAUGCCCUUCUCUGCGGGGCGACGGCUGUGCCUGGGGGAACCGCUGGCCCGGAUGGAGCUGUUCCUUUACCUGACCGGCAUCCUGCAGAACUUCACGCUGCAUCCCCUGUGCCCUGUCGAGGAAAUCGAUGUGACUCCCCUCAGCUCUGGCCUGGGCAAUGUCCCUCGGCCCUUCCAACUCCGAAUGUUGCCCCGAUGAGCCCAGGCCGUGCCGGCUCAGCCCACGCGCUGACCAGAGAUCAUUCACUCUGUCUCCAUCCGUCUCCUUAACCCUGCCUUGUCUUUCUCUGCUCCUCAGGACUCUUGCCUGCACCCUUCUGUUUACCCCUAUUUCUCAGUCUGCUGCCUCCUUUUUAACCUUCCCCCUCUCUCGGAAUGCAUCUCUGCCUUUAGUUGUUCUCUUUGUUCUCUAUUUCUCUCUAUUU